GUACUUUCUUCUAAUGCUGCAGGAGUUUUCAGCCCCGGCCAGGAUGCUUGCUGUCAGCUGAUGGAAAAGUCUUCCUCAAUUUAUGGUUCGUACCCCAUCCUUCUGAAGUGCUGGUUAUGUUCAAAACUCUGCCAGAAGAGGCAGCUUUUAGAGCCUUAACGCUAACUCUACAGCUGGUAGCUCCUCUCCACGACAUCGUGGCUUACCUUUUCAGUUUUGCUAAACUUGGCAAUUUUCCAGCAUGUUUCGAAUUUCCUCUAAGUCCCAACCCUUUGAGAAGUGACUGGGGCGGAACGGAGGGCAUUGCCUGUGAACUUCAAGAACUACAGAAAAUGAUUGACAGCCUCGAUAACCCCCAGGACCCUGCCCAGGUGGCCCAGACACUCCUCCUCCGGAGGGAGGUGAUGUUUCUGCAGUUCGAUGCUGCAGUGAGGCAUCUCAUCCGGAGAAUAUUUCUGGCAGCUGGAAACAUUCCUGCCUACCAGUCAGUCACAGACAGCAUGUACCAUGGGCUGCCCGGGCUGAGCAACGCCCUCCAGAAAAGCAUUUUUGCUUCGCAGCUCAGCCUUCCCCAGCCACUGGAUGCACGGAGCCUCCAGGCAUUUGUGCUGUUCCCUUGGAGAGCAUCUCUGGAAGAUGCAGGACCAUUCCCAGUUAUGAGCAGCAGCCCGGAUACCCUGGAAUAUAACAUGCAGGUAGGCUAGAUCAUCCUCAUUAUUUCAGGGAGAACUGAAAGCAGACUGCAAAGCAGGGUGUCACUGAGUCCUCAGGUCAGAUCCUCCAUACUCUCCCCGGUGAUGAAUAACUUGU